UUAACCUUCAGCAAUCAGCAAAUUGAUUCGGCACCAAAACAAGACCGGAUAAAUAUCAAUUGUCCGUCUCACUUUUUGUCUUUCAACUUGUUUGUUCUGGACUGCGCAGCCAUACCAUAAAGAUGAGAUUGUCGUUCGCGGUCCUUGCGUUGUCUUUAUUCACAAUAGCAAGUGCGCAAGACAAGGUUUCGCCUUUGAGGAGCCGCUAUUCACAUCUGAGAAAAUGGGUUCAAAAAGCAAUGCUCGCUGAGACGAAAACGACUAGCCGGCAAUCGUGGAAAAAUAGAAAGGGUUGUUAUAAAGAUGACAUUGGCAUGCUACCACAAAGACUCAUGGACUGGUUUCACAUUUUGAAAUCUGAAGAUUUUAGAAAAAAUGGAAAAAUACAAACAGAAGACUUUAGGGCUCACGGAUGCAGUUCGCCGGCGCUGACAUGGUUUUUCCGAGACUUCGACAUAAACCAGAACGGUCUUCUCGAUGAAGAUGAACAAGCUGAAAUCAUUUCUAAUCCUAAUGAGCAUUGUAUGCGGAAGUUCUUUGAUAAAUGUGAUCUCAAUGAUGACAACAACUUGAGUUUAAAUGAAGUUUGCGCUUGCUUUAUGCAUGUUGAACCACCAUGCAUCGAGGAAAAGAAGACCCUCGCUAAAACCGGACAAAUGUUUGGGAAGUACACCCCAAAAUGCGAUGAAGAUGGCUACUAUAGACCGCGACAAUGCCACGAGAAUUAUUGCUGGUGCGUGGAUCGUUUCAAUCAGAUGAUAGAAGGAUCAAAGAAGAAAGCCUGGCUGGUGAACUGUCAUGAUAACACCAACGCCAACGAUAUCAUGUUUUCAGGGGAAGAAUAGUACUAUGAUUUUCAUCAACAAUGUUUAUGAAGUAUUUACUUUUUAUCUUUUAUAUACCUUUCAAUGGCAGGUGUACGUAAAUUGCAUGAUUAACUUUACUUCGAAUGUUUAAAGUUUGGUUGUUAAUAUGAUAUAAGAAAAUCUGAUGAGGAAUAGGUCUGUUUGUCGUA